GGGCUGGGCUGGCUGGUUCCACAAGUUUGACAGUUUGGGCGAAGGUGGCAGCGGAGCCGCCUCUGCCGGGACUUUUCUGGGCGGCGGCCGGGCAGGUUGUGGGGCCCCCGAGUGAGGGCAGCGGAGCAGCUCCUCGAGGAGAAAGUUUUUCUCGCCGGCCCCCCUGGCCUUUCUGCCGGAUUCUCGGGAGCCGCCGCCGCCCCCUUCUCUCCUGGCUGAGGCGCUGCCGCCGUGUCCGGGGCUACAAUGUCUCGGGAUCCCGAUGAGGUGAACAAGCUGACAGAGAGCACCUACAGGAAUGUUAUGGAACAGUUCAAUCCUGGGCUACGAAAUGUAAUAAACCUGGGGAAAAAUUAUGAAAAAGCUGUUAAUGCUAUGAUACUGGCUGGAAGAGCAUAUUAUGAUGGUGUUGCAAAGAUUGGAGAAAUAGCAAUUGCAUCUCCAGUUUCUAAAGAAUUGGGACAUGUCCUUAAAGAGAUUUCAAACACAAACAAGAUACUUAAUGACAGCCUAGAGGAAAGUUUCAAAAAAUUUCAUAAAGAGAUUAUAUCUGAACUGGAGAAGAAAACAGAACUGGAUGUAAAAUAUAUGAAUGCAACUUUAAAGCGAUACCAAACAGAACACAGAAACAAGUUAGAUUCAUUGGAAAAAUCUCAGGCUGAGCUGAAAAAAAUCAAAAGGAAAAGUCAAGGUGGAAGAAACGCAAUGAAAUAUGAGAAUAAAGAAUUUGAGUAUUUGGAAACUGUGAGUUCUCGACAGAGUGAUAUUCAAAGAUUUAUUGCUGAAGGUUGCAGAGAAGCUCUACUUGAAGAAAAAAGAAGAUUCUGUUUUCUGGUUGACAAGCACUGCAGUUUAACUCAGCAUAUGCACUUCUAUCAUAAACAGUGUGCAGAUUUACUUAACUCCAAGUUGCCUGGAUGGCAGGAAAUGUGUAGUGAUGCCACAAAAGUGCCAGAAAAAGUUAUGAAUAUGAUAGAAGAUAUGAAGACGCCUGGUUCCACUCCAAUCUCAGGAACUCCACAACCUUCACCAGUGACAGAGAGAAAUAGUAUGGUUGGAAGAGUGCCCCCUGCUCCUACAGUUAGAGCAUUUACUAGUCCUUUAGUUGACAUGUUUAACAAUCCACCAGCAGUUCCAAAGGUUCCUUCAGAAAGAUUAAAUAAUUCAGGAGGUAAUUCAGAUGAUGCCAGUUUAUCGCGUUCAACUUCUGUUGCCACAGGACUGAACAUAAUGAAAAGGCAGAAAGUAAAAACUAUCUUUCCACAUACAGCUGGAACUAACAAGACAUUACUUAGCUUUGCACAGGGAGAUGUCAUCACACUUCUUAUAGCUGAAGAAAAGGAUGGCUGGCUUUAUGGGGAACAUGACUUGACUAAAGUAAAAGGAUGGUUUCCAUCAUCAUACACAAAACUACUGGAAGAGCCAAGUGAUGAAACAGAACAUGUUACAGUGCGAAGCGCUGCACCAAUCAGAAGUAUCAGUUCUAUAAAUCUAGCAGAUAAAGGUGGUGUUGUCCUCCCCCCACCAGAUUAUCUGGGAUCUUUGCAAACAGGCACAACUUCAGAAAUGAGAGCAGAUUCUUCCAAAGGUACUAUUGUUAAAGCACCUGUGGCCACACCAGAAAGCACAACUCCUAAACCUGUUAUAAAUGGCAUUAUAAAACCACCUUUCCUAAGCGGAGAAAAUCCUUUUACCACUGUGAAACUCCGGCCAACGGUAACAAAUGACAGAUCAGCACCAAUAAUUCGAUGAAUAUAAUAUUCAUGAAAAUAUUUUUACUCCCUAUAAACACUAUGUUCAGCAAUAUGAUUUACAAAGGCUGUUUAUUUAACUGUAAUUAGUGUACAGUAGGAGAAUAUUGGAGAGGAUUUCUGAUUUUAACAAUCUGCUUUCUAAAUGAAUUGCUCUGGGUGAAAAUAUUUGAGAAUUUUGGCUUGAUUUUACACUAUGCGCCUUUAGGAAGAACGACAGUUGUGAAAGUAUGGGAGAAAUCUGAAUACUGUAGUUACUGGCAUACUUAAUAUUUUAUCAAAAUGCUCACUAUCUAUUGUAUAGAAAAUACUAUGGAUAAGUUUGUGUUUAAGUCUGCAUAUAUCAUUUAGUAGAUUUAUGAAAAAUGCAGUUUUUUUAAUAUAAGGAACAAUGCAACUGUUGCCUUAAUACUAAGGGUAGAAGUUUGACUGUAUAAAAUUAUUAUGUAUUGCAUUGUUUUAAGAUAGAUGCCUUGGGUUAUAAAUAAAUAUUUAUCCCCUAAAAGCUUAGAAAAAUGUAGUAUGCUUUGCUUGAUGUUAAAACGGAAAUUCGAUCUGAAGUGUCAGCAUAAAGCUACUAAAAUUAUAUGAAGUCUGACUUUUAGUUCAGUAAUGUUCUACUCUGAAAAAGAGUAUUAUUGUUCUAAUGAAAUAACUAUUUAAAGUGAGGGAAACACCCAUUUGCAAUACAGUACUAUCCUUAAAAGGACCAUGUCUUCUCAAAUUUGUCAAACUUGUUUUAUUAAAAAAAAAAAUAUUGCCACAAUUUUUCUUCAAAUUCCAGUGCAAACUGUUGUCUUUAAACAAACAGUCCCCCCAUAUCAAUUUUCUGUAUCCAAACACUGCAGCACUCAGACUGACAAAUUACUUUGAUUGCAUCUCUCUAAUUAUGGACAAAGAGUAAAUUGGAUUUUUAAAAUUUUAUUUGUAAUAAUCCUAAGUGAUGGUAGUAAUAUAAGUAAACAUUGUGUUGCCUACAGCUAUGUAGACAGUGCCCCUUUAAGUCACAGAAGUUCAAAAUGGAAGAAAUUUAAUUAUCUCGUCCAUCCCACUGCCACUGCUGGAUUGUUCUGAACAUUCUAUUUAAAGGGGUAUCAUAUGGUUACAUUUAACAACAAUGUUACAGCCUUGGUGGUCUGACCACAGGAAACUGAGUUCUAAUCAUGAUGGUGGUGAUACUUUGAGCCCCUAAAUCCUCACCUGUGCCCAUCACCCUAUUGCCCCAGAGUCUAAUCACCUAAACGAGGCAGAGUUGAGCCUUCUCAUUUCCAGGAAGUAAUGACCAAGGAAAAACCCUGGUGCUGAAAGAUCUGUAGCCACCUACCUAAUGGUCUAUUUCACUCUAACUCUGUUGACCAGUGAUCCACCACAGUUCUAAGUAGCACCGACUUAUCUGGGCAAUGGCACCUUGACAUGUAAGACACAGAUCUGACUACUUUUGGUCAUUAAAAUCCCAUUGUAUGUUUUGCAAGAGUAGGGAAAUCUGCACCAGGCUACUGGUCCAAUUCUAACUUGAGUAUUACGUUUUGUUUUCCUACAUUCUUCUUGCGGAUACCAUGUUUUGUCACUCCUUUUGAGAAAUUGAUAUGUAUUAUUUCUGUAUACUGUAAAUAGCUAAAAUUUCAGAGUUAAAGUAAUUCUUGUAUCUGGUUUGUAAAGUGCUUUGCAAUCCUUCAGCAUUAAAAGCGCUAUACAAAUAUAAGAUUGUGGAUUUGUACUCAUGGAUUGUCACUCUACUUUGAAAAGGUCAAGUACAGUGAUCUGGAAAGGGAUUUGAAUAAAAAGCUGUCUAAUUAUGAAACAAUUAGGUAAUUAUUUGAAAAGUCUGAGGGAAACUGGGAGAACAGUAAAACAAAGAACAAACUGCCAUACUGAACUGGAUCUGUGGUCAGUCUCUUUAGGUUAGUUACCUUGUCUGAUAGUGGCAAAUAUUUCAGCAGAUGUAAAGCUGCUGUGCUGCACCAAAUUCUGGAAUAUUAGACCAGAGUCUGACUUCCUAACCAUAUGGUAAUCCACUUAUGUCAUAGCACUUGAAAAACCAUUAGCCCACAUGAAUGUUUUAAAGCUUUGUUAAUAAGCAGCCUUAGCCUUUUAUCUCUAACACUCAUUUGUGACCUAGAAGGUUGCAGAAUCAAACUCUUGCCGAAUACUGAAAAUGUAUUUUUGUACAAAGAUGGCCCUGCAUCAUCUCUGGUGGCUGUCUGUGAGUAGUUAUAGCUUUGGUAAUUUUUCAAAAAGAAGGCACUGACCAAUGCUCCCACUCAGCCUUUGCCAAUACUCUCAGAGGCAAUCUCUGAUAGCAUUAACACUCUUUGAGCUUGCAUAAUCACUGCCACCAGAAUCUAGUUAAUUGUGAAACACUUUGGAAUCUGUGGAGUACAGAGCACUUUAUAAAAAGUAUAGUUUUGUAAAUAUUGAACAUGUCUAUUCCCUGUGUCAGUUUCUCAGAAACGGCGAACAGUUUAAUAGAAGUAAGCUUCAUUGAUCUGUUUUAAUACUCAGUUGGUGGUCUUAAAAAAGUUAUGGAUGCAACAGUACCUUUCAUAGGUCUGAACAUUGACAGUGUGUUAUAAGCAAGAGAAUGCACCUGCAGGGAUUACUGAUUUCAGGCACCAAAUAAAAUACAGUUCUGAUUAGCCACUACACUUUUUAAAAUAGCUUACAUUUUUAUCAAGUGCACACAGUAGGGGCAGCUUUAGUUGCUCUAUCAUAUAGUCAUGGUUGAUGAAGUACACUCAGACAUUAGCGCCUCUCCCUUGGAAAAUACAUCACUGUAGAAGACUCCUAUUAAAGUUUGGUCCAUUAACUCCUUUCCCACUAAUGCAAGAUUUUUCUGUAGUUACUUUUAAGUGUAUUGUAAAGGCUCAUGUUCAGUAUCUGACAGGAACAAACAGGAAAGGAUUAAGGGCUGUCUGCUUGUCACAUGAUUUAGCAGAGGUUUAAAGCAAAGGGCAAAUCCUCCUUUUUCCAUGGCAGAGAGGUGCAAGAGGAAAGCCUCAGAGGCCCUGCAGCCUGGUUUAGUCAGAGAAAUAGCUUUGUUGUACAUUACUUCGAGUUUUGUGUUCAGAUAAAUUUGAACCCUGAGACAAGGGCCUAGAAGAUUUUGGUGUAAGCCCUAGUUCUUUGCUGGGCUGUGAGAGAGCCCCCAGCUUAGUGUCCAGAGUAGUUGUGUCCUCUACCUGCACCUCAGUAUUUGUGAAUAUCCAUUCUGUUACUCAUGAUUAGCAGACUUUGUGUCAUCCUUCAGUUGCUAUUUUGUGGUCUCAUCUUUUUUUUUUUUUUUACACUUCUUGUAAAGUAUUCUAAGAGACUUCAGGUCUUUGAAGUAAAAAAGUUCAGCAGCAUAUUUUUAUGGUGUCUUGAACUUCCCAGAAUUUUCCAACUUGUGCUACACAUCUUACCUUCCUGAAAUAAGUUUCUAAUACUGCUGUAUCCUGUGGUCAGAGCUAGUCCAAACAAAAUUUCAAAAACAUGGAUUUGAGACUUCAAGAAGUUUGGACCAGCUCCAUAGUCGGUCAAAAAAUGCACAAAGUUGACAUGAGGAUUAGUCUUUCCCUCAACUUUUAUUUUUUUCAAAAUUUGA